UCUCAUCGCUCUACCAUCUUCUUCCUUUUCCAUCUUCUCCAUCGAUUCUGUUCAACAUAUUUCACUAAUAAACUCUAUUCUUCUUCUGUGGUUUGGUCUGAAUCUAAUAAUUAUCUCGUUUGGUAUUUUGAUGAGAAUUGGAAAAUUUUGAAGUCUUUGUUCAAUUCUAAAGAAAGAAGUCCAUCUUCUUUAUCAGGAGACCAAUCAGAGUUUUAUCAAAAAUCAGUGUUAAUUAACAAGGAUGACUAAUGAUACCGGAGUGGCAAAUGAGUGACAGUUUAACCGGUAAAACCGACCCGGUCUGGUUUAUAUCUGCGUUGUCGAACAGUGUCGUCGUCAUUGCUCUCUUUUCACAUUCACGGGUCUAUCUAGUGUCUACACUGAGAUUUGGUGAAAGAGCCAUGGACUUUGAUGCUUCGUGUAGCUUGGUUUUAUGUGGUAAAUCUUCUGUAGAAACUGAUGCAGCAACACGUUUGAAGAACAAUAACGUUCUUAAACUCCCAGAUAAUACCAAAGUUUCAAUCUUUUUACAAUCUGAGAUCAAGAAUUUGGUUAAAGAUGAUGAUUCCUUCAAUCUUUCACUAUUCAUGAACUCGAUUUCGACUCAUCGGUUUGGUCGGUUUCUCAUUUGGUCUCCAUUCUUGUCUUCCACUCAUGAUGUUGUUUCUCAUAACUUCUCUGAGAUUCCAGUUGGUUCAGUGUGUGUCACAGAUAUUCAGUUUAAAGGUCGAGGCAGAACAAAGAAUGUUUGGGAAUCUCCAAAAGGUUGUCUUAUGUAUUCGUUUACCGUAGAAAUGGAAGAUGGUAGAGUAGUGCCUUUGAUACAGUAUGUGGUGUCUCUUGCUGUUACUGAGGCAGUGAAAGAUGUUUGUGACAAGAAGGGUUUGUCGUAUAUUGAUGUUAAAAUAAAGUGGCCAAAUGAUCUAUAUUUGAAUGGCCUUAAGGUUGGAGGCAUUUUGUGUACCUCCACAUACGGAUCAAGGAAGUUCCAUGUCAGUGUUGGUGUGGGAUUGAAUGUGGACAACGAGAAACCGACCACAUGCUUAAAUGCAGUACUAAAAGAAAAUUGUCCUGCAUCAAAUCUACUUAAAAGAGAAGAAAUUCUUGGCGCCUUCUUUCAUAAAUUCGAAACAUUCUUUGAUCUAUUCAUGGAACAAGGUUUUAAAUCUCUCGAGGAGCUUUACUAUAGGACAUGGCUUCACAGCGGACAAAGAGUGAUUGUUGAAGAAAAAAACGAGGACCAAGUUGUUCAAAAUGUUGUGACUAUCCAGGGUUUGACUUCUUCGGGAUAUUUGCUAGCUAUUGGAGAUGACAAUGUAAUGUAUGAGCUUCAUCCUGAUGGCAAUAGUUUUGAUUUUUUCAAAGGACUGGUCCGAAGAAAACUAUGAACCAAAGAUUUCUUGAAGCACCUUCUGGUGGAUGCUGAUGUUAUUCAGCAAUUAGCACCAUUAACACAAAAAUAAACAAACUGUUUUUAUAUAUACUGUGGAUAUUGUCCUUAGUUACAACUUUUCUUUUCUUUUUUUCCUUUUUUUUGUGUGUAUGUUUUGACUGUAUUACAAACAUGCAAUACAAAUUAUUAGAACAAGUAGUAACUUUCUUCAAAAGUAGGACAUUCCAGUCAAUGUAACUUUGGAUUUCUCAUUGUGAUUCACCAUUCUUUAAUA